UCCUGGGACGGUGCUUAGAGGUAUGGUAGCCUUCUUCUGCUCUGUGUGUUUUGCCGUUUACGAUCCGUAGCCAUCCGAGGCGUCAGGCGGGCGGGACGCCCUUGGGGACGGGGCUGUCGCUGGGGUCGGUGGUGAGGGACGAGGAGAGGCGCGUACCAGUCGGGGCCUCGGCUCGGUAGUUUCGGGAAGCCCGAGAUCAAAGCCCGGCUUCCGAAGCGGCACUCAGGAUGGUCCAGCGUUUGACAUACCGUCGUAGGCUUUCCUACAACACAGCCUCUAACAAGACUAGGCUGUCUCGAACCCCUGGCAACAGGAUUGUUUACCUCUACACCAAGAAGGUUGGGAAAGCACCUAAAUCCGCAUGUGGCGUGUGCCCAGGCAGACUGCGAGGGGUUCGUGCUGUGAGACCCAAAGUCCUUAUGAGAUUGUCUAAGACAAAGAAGCACGUCAGCAGGGCCUAUGGUGGUUCCAUGUGUGCCAAGUGUGUCCGUGACAGGAUCAAGCGGGCUUUCCUUAUUGAAGAGCAGAAAAUCGUUGUGAAAGUGUUGAAGGCACAAGCACAGAGUCAGAAAGCAAAAUAGAUCUGCAACUUUUCUAAGUAAUAAAAAUCAAGACUUGGUCUACGC